GAAGCCCGAGGAGACCUUCGGGGACUUCGGCGGCGACGACAGCAGCGACGACGAGCCCGAGCUGGACCUCUGAGCUGCCGGCGCCGGCGCGGGCGGAUGCGGCGCGGGAGCCAGAGCCGCCGGCCGAGGCCCGCGGCGCGCCCGAGGCGGUGCCCCCGGGCGGAGGCUCCCAGGAG